AUUUGGAGCAGCUCUGCAGAGCAGAUCGGCAGCAGGCACCAUGGAGGGCUCCCCGGACCAGGAGGGCUUCUUCAACCUGCUGAGCCACGUACAGGGUGAUCGGAUCGAGGCGCAGCGCUGUUCACUGCAGGGAGGGCCGGGCCAGACCACCGGGAGCCAGGGUGGCCCCACGCCCGAGAUGGACAGCCUCAUGGACAUGGUGGCCAGUACCCAGGGUCGCCGCAUGGAUGACCAACGUGUGACAGUCAGCAGUCUGCCUGGCUUCCAGCCUGUGGGCCCCAAGGACGGAGUGCAGAAACGAGCUGGGACCCUCAGCCCCCAACCCCUGCUCACUCCUCAGGACCCGACCGCUCUCAGCUUCCGUCGGAACAGCAGCCCCCAGCCGCAAACACAAGCCCCCUGAGGGCCUGAGCCAUCCUGGGCCCCACUCGGCCCCCGAAAGCAGACAAUAAAACACUCCCAUGAGUAAAAA